UGGCCGCAGGGGAGGCAAAAUGGGUGAUGACUCUUACUUAUUGUUUCUUGCAUCAGAAACACCAAGAAAUGACAAAAUAGCAGGACACCUCAAUAGCCAAGGUGGCCUAAAUGAAUAUCAAAUCAUUGAAACUAUGCUGGCCAAAGCUGUGACAGGCAACCGAAAACAAAGGAAAGCCCACACUGGCACCACAUGCUAGUCACAUUGACGUGAACAGUUUUGUCUCUUUUUCGUCUCUGUGGGUGUUCCUAUAUAUAGGGAGAAUCAUAGAAUUGGUAGAAGCACCUCAAAGUUGAAGCUUUCUCUGAAAAACAAAGAAAAACAAAGAGCAAACAUGGCUGGUAGAUACCAUGUUCGAUCCAUUAGCUUGCCUUCCAGAUCUCAUCCUACCACUCUUAGGCUCGAAGAAGAGCUGAACAAGCUCAAAACAUGUUCUGCAUCAACAUCAGAGUCAAUCUGCAAAGGUCUAGCUGGUCUGGACGAGUUGUACAAAUGCAUGGAUGAUCUUCUAAACAUGUCAUCGGCUCAACAAGUCCUGUCUCAAAAUCGACAUGAGAAAUACGUCGAGGAAUUGUUGGAUGGAUCUGUAAGGCUUUUGGACAUCUGUGGCAUUACAAGGGAUACCAUUUUGCAGAUUAAGGAACAUGUUCGAGCUCUUCAAUCUGCUCUCCGAAGGAGAUCAAAGGGAGAUUCUAGCAUCGAAAGCAACAUCAACAGCUACACCAUCUUCAAGAAGAAAAUGAAGAAGGAUGCCAAGAAGUUGAUCACUUCACUGAAGCAAAUGGAGAACAAAUGGGGCGCAUUGCCAGCCUUAGAUCUAGAUCACCACCUCGGCGCGGUGAUUCGAGUGAUUAGAGAAGUUUGUGUGAUGAAUGUUUCCAUCUUUCAAUCCCUCUUGCUGUUCUUGACAGCGCCAGUGUCAAAGACAAAGCCAACUGGGUGGUCACUGGUCUCAAAGCUGAUGCACAAGGGCGCAGUAGCUUGCGAAGAAAAACAAGAGAUUGUCAAUGAAAUGGAAGCUGUUGAUGCUUCACUACGCACCCUCUCCAGAUUUGCCUCAAGCAGCCAUAAAAGUUUGGAGGAUUUGGAGAGUAGCAUGGAAAAAAUGGAGAAUGGUUUGGAGUGCUUGUUUAGGCGCUUGAUCAAGACAAGAGCCUCUCUUUUGAACAUAAUCUCUCAAUAAAGCAUCACCAAAAGCCAUUUUUUCUAUCUAAAUCCUGGAAGGCCAUCAGAUUUUUUAGAGGAUGUGCCAAAAGGGUUCAUUUUCCCUAUCCAACAACUAUGUACAUGUAUCAAAUUAUUAUAGAAUGAAUACAAACAGAAAGUUCGAACUC